AUGUCGAUUCCCAACGAAGCUCUCCAGAAGCUCCUCCAAGAGAUCGAGACCCGCGCCGUCGCCUCACAGCAACAAAUCAGCCUCACCAAGGCCCACAUGACAGCUAAGCAGCGCGAGAUCCGCAUGCUGCAACUUACAUCGAAGGAGCUGUCUGAGUUGCCCAGUGAAACGAAGGUUUACGAGGGCGUCGGGAAAAUGUUUGUUAAUCUUCCUAUCGAUACUGUCAACAAGCGCCUCACGCGCGAGAGUGGCGAGGCUACAGCUGAGAUCGCCAAUCUUGAGAAGAAGUUGCAGUAUCACGAGACGACGAAUCAGAAGAGUCGGGAGAAUUUGGAGCAGAUUCUCAAAUCUGGUGGGAGGGCGUGA